AUGCGCAUCCCCAUUGCCUUGCAGUUUGGGCUUCUGGUGUUGGUGACCGCGGUCUUGGGCCUGGUCGUCCUCUCCAUUGCAACAAUCUCGGGGCCUGGAACUCGCGGCAACGGUCAAAGCCAGUCAGAUCGCUUCCAGCCUGGAACUGCUGGAAGUCAACUGCAAAACGAUCUCGACUCGACUACUCAUCCAGGCGGCUCUGCAGCGCUACUACCAAGGCAAUACAUCCACCACCAACUGGGACAGGGCCAUCACCGACCUACAAUCCGCCCUGGGCACCCGCGGAUACUUGAGCACCUACCAAGCCGUGAUCUAUUCGCGAAACGGGGACCACGGACAGGCCAAUCUGCUGAGUGUCACGAGCGACACCAUCCCGACCAUCACGCUCCCCUACACGGCCUCUAA